AUGCCUUUCUAUAACCCAAACGCUUACUAUCGUCAUGAAGCAAGUCCACCGCCGAGUCCGCUUCUCGACCCUGUAUUGCGCCGCUCUCCUUCACCAGUGAGAAAAUACGAGCCGAACCGGCGCAAAUCUAGCCUAGCGCCACUCGGACCUUCGGAAGAACUUGUUGAAGAGUACGAAACUUGCCCCGCCGCCGCCCGGGCGUGUUGUCGAUUUGUAGAAAACGGUUCAACGCAGAUUGACCCAUAUGAGCUCAAACUCUACAGACGGCAGAUUCCAGGUAGCGAUGGUAAAGGCCUUGUGAUUGGUGUGGGAGUCGAGACUCCAUCAGGCGAGAUCCGUCCGAUUACGAUAAUCGAAAACGACCUUACAAACGAAACGGGCCGGGGUAUCUUCUUUACAGGGACAGUGCCAUCCGACAUGUCCCACUCGUUCGUCGCCUGCCUGCGCAAAUCGGCCGAUCUACACCCCGUCUACCGACAUGUAAUAUAUCUCGACUACUUGAGAAUGUUGCAAAACCGAAGCGCGUCCUUGAUCUGGGACUGGUGGAAGAGCGGGUUGGAUAUGGACGGUUUGGACAAAAAGAUCGAUCAAGGUCAAUAG